AAUUACAACUGGAAAAUACAUUAUCAUUGUGGCGUGCUCUGCCAGACCUUACAGUGUAUAGUCAGUAGUAGGUUGAUACGUGUAGCUACUAGCUAGAUUGUUAUUGGACUGUUGCCAUCAAGUCAGUUGCUUUUAGCUUGUAUUAUAUUCAACAGUUAGCAGAGGAAAAUACUCUCUUUUUCUGACUAAACAACUAGGCAAGACAGGAAUAGUUUCAGAAUUCUGACAUUGUGAACUGAGCAGCCAUCAUUUCGUUCAGUGAAGGAGGUAAUUCUACAUUUAACAGUGAAUCUAUCUAUUUGUGGCCGACUGGCUCCCAUUGAACAACGAACUAGUUAUUACUCCCAGUGAUAUAUUUUAGCCGAGGAUAGUCGUGUAUAUUUUAUAUGAGAUUAGGUAAAUGAAAUAGAAGAAAAGAACAAUUAAAAAUAUAAAAAGCCUAACAACAUCAACAAAUUAAAACAACGAUAUCAUCAUGGGAAAUAUUUGCUCCACAGAAGAAUCUCGCCAACUUCAAAAGGAAGGAAAGCUUGAAGGCCCCUACGAAAAACCCACAAAAGAAGAAGGUGGAGGGCUGCUAUCUCAAGUUACUGCAGGUGCUGAAAAUGCUAUUGGUGAUGCAACAAAGAGUGUUGAAUCAGCAGCAACAGAUGCACAAAAACAAGCUGGUGACAAAUUCGGGGAAGGUAAAGAAUUUGUAGCACAGAAAGUAGAAGAUGGAAAGGUUGUCGUAGCUGAAAAGAUAGAGGAAGGUAAAGCUGCUGUUUCAGAAGCUGUCAGUAAGGGAAAAGAAUCUCUAUCCUCAGCUGCUGACCAGACAAAGAGUGCCGCUUCAAGUGGUAUUGCAGCUGCUGGAGAUAAAGUGAGUAACUUGGAAAAAUCUGCAGAAAGUGCUGCUCAAUCUGCAAAAGACUCUGCAAAUAAAGCUGCUUCUGAUGCUAAGUCUGCAGCAAGUUCUGCUGCAAAAGAUGCCCAGGAAAAAUCCAAAGCCGGAAUCGAUUCUGCUAAAGCAAAAGCCAAUGAAGGAGCUGAAAUUGCCAGCAAAAAAGCAUCUCAACUUCAAAGUUCAGCAAGUGCUUUUGCUAGUGAUGCUGAGAAACGUGCAUCAGCAACUGGUAAACAAGUAGAAGAGAAAAUGGAAAGUGCUAAAGUUUCUGUAAACGAAAGUGUUGCUUCUGCUAAAAACUCUGCUGCAGCAGAUGCCAACAAAGCUUCUGGGGAAUCAGAAACUUUGCUUGGUUCCAUACAGAAAAUAGCUGGUGAUGGAUUCCAGCAAGGUGUAGCUUCAGUAACAUCAUCUUUUGGUGGUGGUGGACAACAACAAAAAUCCGGUCAACUAGAAUCCACUCCUGGUGGCGCCAACAAUGCACCAGUGGGUUUAAAAGAUAUUGUUGUAGAUACUGGAGGAAAAAUUGUAACUAAAGUUACUGAUACCGCCUCAGACACAUUCAACUCCGCUCUUGGAUUUGGUAAAUCGGCAUCUAACUCAGCAGGUUCUGCUGUUGAUGAUGUCUCUAACAAAGCUGGUUCUGCAGUGGAUAGUAUUAAAACUGCUGGAGGUUCAGCUGUGGAUAGCACCAAAAAGGCGGCUGGAUCAGCCGUAGACAGCACCAAGAAAGCUACUGGAUCAGCUGUAGACAACACCAAGAAAGCUGCUGGAUCAUCGGUUGAUGCUUUUGGUUCAGCUGUCAAUGAUUUCUCUAGUAAAGCUGAUGAUAAAGCUAAGCAGGCUAAAAACGCAGCUUCUGAAAAUUUUGAUGAUAUGGCUGAUGCCUUGAAUGCAUAUGCUGACAAAGCAAGCGAAGCCAAGAAAAGCGCCACCAAUGCUGCUUCAGAUGCUGCAACAAAGACUUCAGAUGCUGCCUCCAAAGCUGCGACUAAGGCAUCAGAUGCUGCCUCUAAUGCUGCCACUAAAGUAUCAGACACUGCUUCCAAAGCAGCCGGUGGUGUUUCAGAUGCAGGUAAAAAUAUUGUAGCAAAUGGAGAAGAGGGUUAUGAAAAAGUGGCAGCAAUUGUUACCGAUGAUGCCGUUAAGGAGGCCUUAAAAGUGGUGAAUACAGACGGCGAUGCAUCAGACCUCCCACCACCUCCAAAAGAUCCUAAAGAAGCCAUGAUAUAAAAAGUAGCCUGUUAUUUAAUACAAUAAACAUUGAAAUCAUUUAGACAUAUUCCAACAGCAAAUCGUAGGAUUCUUACCCACUUACGUAUGUGAACUUGAAGGAAAUGUUAAACAUCAGAAGGAUUAUAUUGAUUGAUUUAUCGAAGGUGUUCCAUCAGUGUUGGAUUAAGAUAUGAAGAGAUUAACAGAUUUCGAAGAACAAGGAUUAUAUCAGUGUGAUGUGUGAAUAUUGGAUAAUAAUUUCUUCAGUGUUAUAUUAUAGCUGACUGAUUGGAUUAUUAUAACUCAGUAUUUCAACAGUGACAAGACUAUGUGCUGUUUGGGAGGG